CCUGUAACUUGCUCUCCUCGUCGUCCUCGCUAUCCUCGCCCACACGUCGUCGGUGCUCUUCAACUCAAUCAUCUCCGCACGCGUCUGUUUGCUGUUCUAGACUACCAAUCAUGUCUACCUCAAUCGUAGUGUCGACCUUUUCUCCGUUUCCGACGCUCUCGCUCUCUGCACCGUCGGACGCGCCUUUCUCGACCCUCUACGACCUCCUCGCCCACCGCUACCCAGAGCUUCCUUCUGACCUUCUCCUGACGCCUCACCGCGGCUGCGCGCCCUCGCCCGAUGCUUUGCUCUCAUCGCUUCAAGACGACACCAAUGCACCAUCGUUCGUGUCGCUUCGCUUGGUGCCACGGCUCAGGGGAGGGAAGGGAGGUUUCGGGUCGCAGCUGCGCGCUGCUGGUGGUCGUAUGAGCAGCCAGAAGACGAGCAACAACGACUCUUGCAGGGAUCUCAGUGGGAGGCGUCUCAGCACAAUAAAGGAAGCCAAGAAGCUCGCCGACUACAUUGAGAGCGAGCCUCAACGAAAGAAGGCGCAUCAAGAGGCCCAGAGAGCGAAACUGGAGGCGUUGGAAAAGAAGCUUGGCAUCGUCCAUUCGGCAGAUGGCUCCAGCACCCCCGCCGAGCCGUUGGCUGGCAAGAAGCACCGUCUGGAUGACGCGGAGUAUCUGGAGCAGAGCCGUGAGCUUGUCGACAACGUCAAAAACGCCGUCUCCGUCGCUAUGCUGAAGAAGAGGAAGAAAGCCAAGUCUUCUCAGAGCCCGCCUGCGGCAGUCAAGGACAAGUCUGCUACAUCCAGCGACACUACCCCUGCCGCCAGUGUCGCUGAGGCCGCUUCAUCCUCUGUCGCCGCUGCCUCAGAGGUUGCCUCGGCCGUCUCUGGGAAGGUUCUCGAGUCAGCCACAACUGCUCCUGUAGUCGUUGCUGCUGCGUCUGCGGUUGCUGCGGUCGCCAGCGCGUGAUGUGUGAGACUGUACGUUUGUUCUGUAUUGGUUAUGUAUGCAGGUGGUAUGCCCCACCUCCGAUGUGAGACUACGCACGUUUCAUAGCUCGUGAAGGAUGGGGAAACGUUACGCCACUUC